UACUCAUUAAUACUUAAAUUACUAAAAAGAAAUCGAAUGAUUGAGGAGUAACAAAAGGAUUCAUGCGGAACGUAAAGCUGCUGGAUAAUCAUGUAAAUUGGUAAUCUCUUGUGCAUAUUAUAUCCCUUGACUCAGUCACGUUUCACUUACAGUCUUAUCAUUAGGAGAAAUAAUGAAAUUAUGCUUUUACAAUGUAUAAUUAUUUAUUUUAAUUAAAAAGAUAUAUUAAUGAUCUAUCUGAGAAAACUUUUCAUUUUUUAAUAUUAUUAAUUUCAUUUGUAUAUUGAAAAGAGCGAUAUUAAACGUGGCGUAUACGUAGAUACUUUUUAACAGUGUUAAAGACAUUGUAGCUUUGACAUUUGUUAUAUAAAUAACUAAUUCUAGUACAGUAAAUCUUUGUUUUAUAACGGGGGAAAAACUGAUUAUACCUUUCAUAAGAAAAAAUUGAAAAUGUACCGCAGAGUUGACAUCUGUCUCUUCAAUUUGUUGAUGGAUCGUGUUCGAUAGCUACUUUUUAGGGAUUUUUAUUGUCUUUAAAUAAGAAAAAAUUCAUUAGUUUUUCAUUAGUAGAAGAUAUAGAGUCGAAGAGAGAACGAGGAAAUAUAAUAAUUAUAAUAAAAGCAUUUUAAAAAGUGCAAUGGCUCUAAGAAAAUGGAGAAACUUCCUAUCCUCUUAUGUAUUAAGACGAAAUAAUAAUGAUAAAUUAGACCAUCGCAUAGUUAAGGAAUCAAACUCCAAAGAGAAAAGGGAAAAGAAUUUAUCAGAUUUCGUCAAUGAAGAAAGAGAACCUUUAAUAGAAGGAAAAUUUCAUUUACAUAAUUCUUCGAAUAUAGAUUUGGAGGACUGUUACAAUACAAAAGGACAGAUGAAGGGUCGGAUUGUUAUUGUUAGUAAUACUCAUUUUGAAAAGAAGGAAAUAUUAAGGGAUCGUACAGGAAGCCAUUGGGAUUGUCGUAAUAUAAGUGAAAUUUUCACAACUUUAGGUUAUGAUGUGGAAAUUUGGAAUAAUUGUACAAAGCCUGAAUUUGAGCAGAAAUUAAGGAAAGAAAUCAACUCGACGACUCACGAGAUUGCUAAUUCAUUCUUCUUCGUUGUACUAUCUCAUGGGGAUGAGAAUGGCUUUUACUUAAAGGAUGGAAAUCCAAAUAAUAAUAGAUCUUCCGGUUUUUAUGAAUUUUCGCAGAUUGAAAGAAAAUUUAGCAAUGAAAAUUGUGUAGGAUUAAGUGGAAAACCUAAAAUUUUCAUCUAUCAAGCCUGCCAAGGAAAUAGAAAGGUGAGCUGUAGCGAAGAUCAGAGAGAUGAAAUUGACUUUUUUCACCAUCCAGAAUCAGAUAUAUUAGUUGCAUUUUCUACUGUUAAAGGAUACGUUUCGUGGAGAAGUCCUACCCAUGGGGAAAGAAUGGAGAUUAAUGAAAAAUCUGUGAUAACUGGUAAUCUUGUGUACUUAAUGCAGAAUCUAGAUGCGGAUAUAUUAUUACUCGCAACUUGCCAAGAGAAACUAAUUUUAAAUGAACAUGAUGUUGAAGAAAUAAGGAAUUGUUCAACUACGUUAGAAAGAAAUAAACUGUUUUUGGACAAGAUUCAAAGAAGACCUGUUUUUGAACGCUUUUUACAAGUAUUAAGGAUCGUGCAGAAAGGUUUCAUUGCUGAGAAAUUACAAAAUUACAUGAACGAACAUCAGUUAGAUGGACAUUUUCAAAAUGUAGAUGGAAAUUAA